UUGAAAGCCUGCCAUUGGUGAGCUUACCAAAGGCAUCUGCCAGUGGAACUUCAAUGGAAUGUGAAACCAAAUCAUUUUCAAGUUAAAGAUAGACACAGUAUACACCAGGAUCUAGAAGCUGGAUUUUAAACGCCUAUCGCUCCCUAGAAUUUCAGAGAGUUCUGUUAUGACCUCUGUCGUAAUUAACAAUUUGGAUAAAGUUGGUUUUUCAAGUGACUGUGCUAAGAAUUCAUGGAUGGUCUGGAUGUCCUGGAAUGAAAAGGAUUUAGGAGCUCCUGGUGUACAUACCCUAGGAUAAAUAAGAUUUACCAAUCCCUGGAUGAAGUUCUUGGGAAGUCUUUAGAUGCCAUAGUCAACUGCCAUUUCAAAGAAGAGAAAAUAGAUGGUUUUGGAAAGUUCAUGCUGUUUCUUCAUUGAAUUUUAGAAUGAUUGAAGAUAGUGGGAAAAGAGGAAAUACCAUGGCAGAAAGAAGACAGCUGUUUGCAGAGAUGAGGGCUCAAGAUCUGGAUCGCAUCCGACUCUCCACCUACAGAACAGCAUGCAAGCUUCGGUUUGUUCAGAAGAAAUGCAACUUGCACCUGGUGGACAUUUGGAACGUCAUAGAAGCAUUGCGGGAAAAUGCUCUGAACAACCUGGACCCGAACAUAGAACUCAGUGUGGCCCGCUUGGAGGCCGUGCUGUCCACCAUUUUCUACCAGCUCAACAAACGGAUGCCAACCACUCACCAAAUCCAGGUGGAGCAGUCCAUCAGCCUCCUGCUAAACUUCCUGCUGGCGGCCUUUGACCCGGAAGGCCAUGGUAAAAUUUCAGUAUUUGCUGUCAAAAUGGCUUUAGCCACGUUGUGUGGAGGGAAGAUCAUGGACAAAUUAAGAUAUAUUUUCUCCAUGAUUUCUGACUCCAGCGGGGUGAUGGUUUAUGGACGAUAUGAUCAAUUCCUCCGGGAAGUUCUCAAACUACCCACAGCCGUUUUUGAAGGCCCUUCAUUUGGUUACACAGAGCAGUCAGCAAGGUCCUGUUUCUCUCAACAGAAAAAAGUCACCUUAAAUGGGUUCUUGGACACUCUCAUGUCCGACCCUCCCCCCCAGUGUCUGGUCUGGCUGCCCCUUCUGCAUCGUCUGGCGAAUGUGGAAAAUGUCUUCCAUCCGGUUGAAUGUUCCUACUGCCACAGUGAGAGUAUGAUGGGAUUCCGCUACCGAUGCCAACAGUGUCACAAUUACCAGCUCUGUCAGGACUGCUUCUGGAGGGGACACGCUGGCGGUUCCCAUAGCAACCAGCACCAAAUGAAAGAGUACACCUCAUGGAAAUCCCCUGCUAAGAAGCUAACUAAUGCAUUAAGCAAGUCUCUGAGCUGCGCUUCAAGCCGUGAGCCCUUGCACCCCAUGUUCCCUGACCAGCCUGAGAAGCCACUCAACUUGGCCCACAUUGUGCCGCCCAGACCUGUAACCAGCAUGAAUGAUACCCUCUUCUCCCACUCGGUCCCCUCCUCAGGAAGUCCUUUUAUUACCAGGAGUAUGCUUGAGAGUUCAAACCGGCUUGAUGAAGAGCACAGGCUGAUCGCCAGGUACGCAGCAAGACUGGCGGCAGAGUCCACUUCCUCGCAGCCGGCCCAGCAGCGGGGAGCUCCCGACAUCUCCUUCACCAUUGAUGCAAACAAGCAGCAGAGGCAGCUGAUCGCAGAGCUAGAAAACAAGAACAGAGAAAUCUUACAGGAGAUCCAGAGGCUGCGGCUAGAGCACGAACAAGCUUCUCAGCCCACUCCAGAGAAGGCCCAGCAAAAUCCCACUCUGCUGGCAGAACUCCGGCUCCUCAGACAGCGCAAGGAUGAGCUGGAACAGAGAAUGUCUGCUCUCCAGGAGAGCCGGAGAGAGCUAAUGGUCCAGUUAGAAGGUCUCAUGAAGCUACUAAAGGAAGAAGAACUGAAGCAGGGAGUAAGUUAUGUUCCCUACUGCAGGUCUUAACUAACUGUGGAGGGGCCUGCCAUCCUGCUGUUCUCAUUGCUUUUGCCUCUAAUGUAUGUUCAUGCUUCAGUUUGGAAAGAGAAAAAAAAAAUCAUACUAAUUUGCUUCCUUUUCAAUGUAGUGCUUGAAUCGACACACACAAAAGUUAGCAUUUUUUAUAACUAUUACUACUGUCAGCAUCAAAACAAGAGCUAUUAUAUCUUUUAGAAGAGGGGGAAAAAUUGUAAUUUGUUGGAACCUUUCUAGAUCUCCAGAAGUCUACAUUUCAAACCAGUCUCAUGUUUUCUGGGCUGUUGAUCAGACCCUUCUCUUAGUAGAGAGAUGCCUACCACCGCUACUAAAGUUACACUAGGAAAAGUCCCCAGACUCAAGCUACUCUCUACAUCCUCUCGUGCUGUCAACCAUUUAGUUCAGUAUCCAUUUUAAUGGAAAGGCGUGGGACCUCCUUGUAUAAAAAUGUCAGCCAAUUGCAUCUCUUUUCAUUGCAUAAGUAUUAAGCCCUGUCUUCCCUGUCCCUAAAAUGUGUUCAACCUAAGAGAAACACUGCCCAUUGUUUAGUUCUUGCAAGCAGAAUCCCUACCAUUGGUUCAUAAUAAUCUCAAAGGAAUAGGUAACUUUCAGGCUUUCUCUUAUCACCAAGAACCUUUCUGCUCUGGGAGUUCACAAGGCCCUUACAUAUGUCUUCUCCGGAAGCAGGAGCACCGUGACUCUCGUAACCGUAGUCUAAACUGGAACCCUAUGUCUGACCCUGUGGUCAGGUCCAGGGCCAGCAGAGGGAGUAGCAUACUCAAAAAAUAACAAUAACAAACUAGAAGCAAAAUAACAGCAGCUUUAAUGUCAAGUGCAUGUACUCUUGCUAGUGUUAGCAGGAAGUUUCAUGUUAUUUCCUGGGAUCGAUUAGAACCACAGCCUGUCCAAUUUCAACGUACCUUUUAUUCUUCUGUAUUCUCUUUCCUAUUAUUCAUUGUGUGUGUUUGUGUGUAACAAAGAAUGUCUGCAAAAUGCUGGACACAUUUUUACCCUUCAUUCCCACGGUCUGUAAAAAAGGAAAGUGUAAAACUAAUCUGUAAUGUCAGACAAUAAAGACAAUGUAUGACACUAUUUUGUAUUUUGUGAAAAAAAUUUACUUGACUAGAGUCAAAUCCGACAGAGAGAGAGUCGCCCUGGGUGAAGGACGGGCACGUAUAGCCUGUGCCGUUGCCCGUAAAGCCACACACGGGGUAAUGCUAUUAUACUUCCAACACACUUAGAUCAUGCUAGACAAAAAUGCCUUGCUGUGCCGCUUCUCUUUGCAACAGCCUCUUUUCUUUCCUGUCUCUGACUUAGCAUGUACACAGAAAAAGGAAAAAAAAAAGGCUCAACUCUAAACUUCUUCCGCCAAGUGGAGAGAGAGGGCAGUCAUCCUCUAGACAGUCAGCCUCCCUUGAGCAAGGUCUCUCCUGUACCCCUUUCCUGCCUCUUCCCAGGCUACCUGUUCUGGAAAGGCUUAGUGGACCAGUGGGUUCACGAACAUAUGCUGCCCAGAGCCAAAGCUUGGCUGAGGCUGAGCACGUACGUAGAGCAGUGUCCUGCCUCCUUGCCUUCCCGCUCCUCCCCCCCCCCCCCCCGGAGCCCUCCCCGGCUCCGCAGUCUGGGAGAGGCAGCCCUCAGCUGGGUCCUGCUGCAGAGGUUCUCGUGGGCACCGUCCAGAUGGCAGCAGUGCUCUGUCUGGGCGCGGAGACCCAUUUACUCGUCUUGACUCAUUUGAUUUGCUUGUAUGCUCAAGCCUCUUCUCAAAAAGGACCCGAGAUAGUUUGCAACAAAAGUCAUCAAAAAUGACUUCAUAAAAUAAAUUCAGAAAAAUCAGAAAUGAAAGAAAAGAUAAUGCCAAUAUGCUCAUCUUAAGCAGCAAGCAUGUGCCUCGGAGCUUUUUGGCCAGGAGACAAGGAAAAAAAAAAAGAAAGAAAGAAAGAAAAGUAAAACAUAAUUGGUGGUUUUAUCAGAACCCAAAUGCCAGUUCUCAGGGGACCAAAAUUUCGGUUGGCAUGAAAUAUAAAAAGGAAGUCUUCCCUCAGAGCUUUAGAGGAGGAGCACUAAGUAAUGAAACAGAUAAAUACAGCAGCAGAUGUCAAGUGGCUGAUUAUGACACUGACCUUCAGCUGAAAUUAAAGACAGAGAACCCUGACUGGCCCAAUCUGGAGCAGGCAGUCCUACAAGGAAAUGAACUUAUGCCAUCCAAAUGUAUAGACUUCCUUUGGUAUAACAUGAUCUAAGGAGAGAAUUUAGAGGUUUUAGUCUGGCGUGUGCUUCUAAAUUCUGUUUUUUUUAUUUAUGAGCCUUACCCCUUUGGGGACAUUCUCUUUGUAAAACCAGAUUUCAGACACUGCGCACAACAAAUUGUGCUUGAUUUAAUAACCUCUACUUGCUUUAUCAUAAGUCUGUGUGGUUCAAUGUAUUUUAUUAUACUGGUAUAUAUAAUUCCUAAUUAUACUGUUUCUUGUUAGAGGUAAUGCAUGAAUUUAUUCCCCUCGAGGAGAGAACAUGAAUUAAAAAAAAAAUAGUGCCUGUAAUAUAACAUGAUGAUUAUGGUAUCAUAAGCAAUAAAUUUUUUUUUUACAAAACUUGCAUCAAAAUUAUCCUACCCUCUUUCUUCUUUGUGUAUCUUUAAGAUUUAUUGAAGGAACCAUAAAAAGAACACUCAUAAAAAGUUUAGUAAUGAAGGCAGCUGGGGUGUAAUUGCAGUGACAAUAUGUUUCUGUUUCUGGUUGACUUCCAGUGCCAAAUAUCACAUCCCAAUCUAAAACCAGAUAUCCUAACUUUGAGUUCAGAAUGUAAGGUCUCAAUAAAAAUUUUUGUAGAGAGAUCACUGGUGUUAGACCUGAUUGGAGGGGUCCCCACUCUUCUAUCACACCUGUAAGAUCUUGACUAUGUCAACUAACUUCCCAGGAAUCUAUUAAAAACA